GUGGAUAUAUAUGUAGACAGUAUUGCGAUGUGUAGUGAAUAUACGAAAAGAUGGUUCAGGUAUUUUGUUGCAACUUGGGCGUUCCUUGAGACCUUCCUCCUGGCCGGGUAUAAAGCUGGGUGGGCCUCUCUGGUGUACGUUCUCAAGAAGGAAGGAAUCUACCGCUCCCUUUGCCAUGGUUCAUCGCAGAGAUAUGUCAACAACACAACACCAAUACAUGCUAACAUGACAUACAGGAGAAACUUCGGUGUUGUGGACAACACAACUUACGGACAAUAUGGGGACUCGUGGAACUUUACCUUAGAAGGCACUAAGAUCCUGCAGGAUAAAGACACUGGAUGCGCUGACCAGGAUGCCAUGUUUGAGUUGUGUGUUUCCAUUAGCAGUGUGCUAUCAACUUUCCUUAGCCUGCUCAUCUGUCAAAUAAACUUUGCUUAUGGAAUCAGGACUACAAGACUAUUUUCCAUUGUGACUGGAUGCGCUGACCAGGAUGCCAUGUUUGAGUUGUGUGUUGCCGUUUGCAGUGUGCUAUCAACUUUUAUUACCCUGCUUUUGGGUCAUAUCAAUUUUGUGUAUGGAAUCAGGACAACAAGAAUCGUUUGUAUAACAUUAUUGGUGAUUGGAUCAACCAUGUUCGCUGUCAUAUCUGUAGACACACCUUGGCUAAUGUUCAUAGGCUACAUGGCUCUAGGAAAUGGCGGGAUGGGGAUAUUACAAACAAACAACCAGGUAUCGUACAUGUUUGCGAAAGGUGGGCCGACUGUCAUAGGCCUCAUAUGUGGAGCUUUCGACGCCUCCGCGGCUGUCAUGCUAGUUGUGAAGCUUGCAUAUGACCAUGGAGUGUCUCUUCAAAUGUCUUUCAUCGUUAUCGGCUGUUUGAACAUGUUGGUAGUCAUAAGUACGUUUUCGUUCCUUCCUAAGAAAUUUAUCAAAACCACACAAACCGAUUCGACCACUGGUGCAGACCACGAAGCAGUCUUAUCGGAAGAGGCAAAACAUGCUUCUGCAAAGGACAAUAAUGACAGACAAAUGUCGGAAAGGACAAUUCUCCUUAGUGGUGCCUUGCAUGAACUAAGACCAGGGGUCAGUGAACCCCACACGGGAACGGACGCUAUUACCAGAGAUGAAGAGAGGAACCGUGUGUCAAUGGAUGGUGAAGAACCCAGGAUGGAGGAUGAUAAAGAGACCUCCAGAAACAGCCGACUGUUGGGGUACAUCUUCAGUCCUCUUUAUCUGCUGACGCUUCUAUGGACGUGUGUGAUUCAAUUGCUAUUUGUGCUUUUUAUUUGUUCUUUAAAUGCCUGGCUGGAACAUAUCACACACGGCGUAGAAGAGAGAGUCAGCUUCUUGACAGACUUCAUGUUCUCAGCCAUGCUGGCAUCGCCGGUAGUGUCCAUACUAACAGGUGGCAUGGUGGACUUCCUCUACUCCAUACAGCCAGAAACGAGGAGCCACAAGGCCAGGACACAUAACGCUUUAGCUGUUCCUAUUGUCUUAACCAACGUCCUGGCCGUGAUUCUGUGCGCAUGCGUCGUUGUCGAGAGAGAGGAUAUGACGUAUAUAACAGCCAUCACUUCCGUGCUAUACAGAACACUUCUCUACAGUGGCCUGACACUAUUUACAAGAUUAUUAUACCCGAGUGACUAUUUCGCUGCUCUGUAUGGCGUCAUGUUCAUGAUCAGUGGCUUCGCGAGUUUCCUGCAGUACCCUCUGUUUCUCUGGUGCCAGAGCUCGCCAAGUGGAUACAGACAGGUAUACAGCAUGCUGGGUCUAACGUGUAUACUGAUAUUAGUACAGCCGAUAUAUCUGGUAUAUACAGGACGCAGAGAGAAGUAGUAACCACCUUUCCCUCUCAAGGAUGCUUUGAGUGUUAAUCAGCUCAUACCAAAAUUCAUGGUAUCACAUUUUGGGUUGUGGCCAGUGGCUCACAUCUAAUGUGAAAAGACGGCGAUCAAGUAUCAAAAAAGAAACAGUGAUGAACAGGCUAUGUGCACCCAGGGCCAAAUUCACAAUCCUACAAAUGAUGAUAACUGAAAAUAAACAAUGAUUAAAAAGCGAGCGUAGCCCUACAGAUGCUGCAAUUCUAAAGCAUUAACGUAAUCUUAUAUUGGUCGCUAAAUCGGCUUGGAGAACAAGGACUUCAGUUUGAAAAUGACUAUUGAGAAACAUUACAUGUGUGAAUUGUGAACUGAAUUUUCCUGACCACAAAUUCUUCAUUCAUGGACGUGUUGGCAUCUUUAUUUGUUGUGAAAUGCGGGCCAAUCCUGGGCAUGUUAUUUUGUGUAUCAUUGAGUUAUGAAAACAUAUGGCACAAUCCUGGUGUAAUUGCUUUAUCGUAACAUGCGGUUGAUCUUGACUAAAUAUGUCAGCAUAUAUAAUUGCUUUACCAUAAUCGUGGUUCUAUAUGUCAGUAUUUAAUUGCUGUACCGUAACACGGGACAUUAUCGUUGUUCUAUCUGUCAGUAUAUAUCGUUUUUACCGUCACACGUGGCAUAAUCAUGUUUCUGUCUGUCAGUAUAUAUCUUCUUUACCGUAACACGUAGCAUAAUCGUGGUUCUAUCUGUCAGUGUAUAUCUUCUUUAACGUAACACGUGGCAUAAUCGUGGUUCUAUCUAUCAGUAUAUAUCGUCUUUACCGUAACAUGUGGCAUAAUCCAGGUUUUAUUUGUCAGU